AUGAGCUCUCAACAGCAAGUAUCUUCUCGUCAGCUAUCCCAUAAGCCCGUGGAAAAUUUGGUCCACAGGGAUGUUCUCGCUCCUGAUAAACCGCCAAGAGUUCGUUGGCAUUCUGAGUUUCAUGUGUGGAUCUGUAGAAACGUCGGUCAGCUACUUCUUUUCAUUCUCUUUCUGGCAGUCUGUUUCGUUUUGGGACCGUGCCUGAUUUCUUUUAUGUAUCCCAAUGUUAUUGUUCCAUUCAACACCAAACUUGAUUGGAAAUGCAAACGUCUCGAAAGUUACAGUCAACUCAAAGCGUCCAAUUUAGCAUGGGAAACCAAUUUAAUGGCAGCUGGUUCUUCAGUUAACAUUCAGGUUUAUGUAAGAGAUAAGAACACUACGCUUGAGGAUCUCGAGAAAAUCCUAUUGGUAAUUGACGAUUGUGGAUUUGAUGAUUUUGGAGAGAACGUAGUAUUAUGUAGGCCUGUUUCUAAAAAUGCACCGCGAUCAACAUUCAAACAGUCGGUGAAAGUGGCUGAAAUUUGUUAUCAUUACAUUAGGCAAAUCACCAAGAAAGCAAUAAUCGCGUCGUAUGGAAAAGGAAUCACAGCGAAUAUUCUUCUUGCAACUGCUGUCAAACUUCGAGAAGAGUACUGUUAUUCGUUUGGAACUAUUUUUAUAGAAGAUCCAAUAAUGGAUGUGAAGAAUGAGUUCAAGAAGAACAGCUGGAUUGGAAUUAGUUUCAUGUUGCCUUAUUUCCGGGAACAAAUGAUGACUGACACUAUACAAGAUUACGGUUUUCAUGAAGCAGAAGUCGGUGAUAACAUCAAAAGAGUCCAUACUACAGUAAGAGCAGUAGCAGAAGAAGACUUUGAAUCCAUUUAUGGAGCAAAUGGUGGCUUAGUGACAAAGGGAAAAAAGAAAGACAUCUUUUUGUACAUGAAACCUGGCUAUGGUGCUCCGAAGGUUCCAGGAAACUCAUCGUUCCAGUUCAGACACAGUAAUGAAGGAGAAUGUGCAAAGAAGGCAAAUAUCCCUCUCACAUCUGAUUAUCUUUUGCUCACAAACUCAUCCCCACCUUCUUCUUCUCCAUCUCUUUUUUUUCAUUUUUAUUUUUCCUAUGACUGUUUUCACUGGUCAGUCAUUUUAGAUAGUUUUCAAGACUACAUAUAUUUUUCAAAAAUUAAUACCUUUUUUAUCUUUGUGAUUUUAUUGUCGUUACUCUUAUCAUUGCGUUUUAAAAAUAACCUACCUGAUAGUGUCAAUACUUAUUUUGAGCAUUUGAAUUUUUUUCUCAUUUGUAACUCUUGUAUGUAUUUCAUAGAUGUUUUCGAAGAGGAUACUUCCGAUGCUUUGAUCCGAUCAAUGAUGAAGGGAUUCUGGUGUGUCAUUUCCUUUCCAGGUGCUCAAAAAGAUAUUAGCGGCUAUGUAGGACGAGACAUAUCAGUUUCGGCAAGGUUUUCAAUCAAGCUGGAUUUCCUCGAAAGAAUUCGUCGAAAAUCGCCGCGAGCAACCAUCUUGUUCGCGGUGAACCCCGACAAAGGAGCGUUCCCUCUUCUGAUGACGUUGCCAUAUGAGAACUACAAUAAUCAGGCAACGUCUUCGUCUGGAGAGGGAGGCACUGAAGUCACUGAAUUGACAGCUGGACGAUUGGAGAGUGUUGCAGAGGAUGGAAGUACUUUGAAAAUCUUAUUCAACAACUCACCUAAAAUUUAUAUAUUAGCAAUGGAGUACAAAAUCUGGCAACCAAAUGAUAACUCAUCAAGCAGACUAGGAAGCUAA